AUGCAGACACUCCAUCUUUCCAUCAAGACAUGCAGCAAGAUAUUUCACCUUGGUUUUGCUCUUGUGCUGCUGAUCUGCUUGGCCUCUCCCACCAGUUCCUGCACGGAUCAGGAGAAGAGCUCCCUUCUCCAGUUCGUCGCUGGCCUCUCACAACACGGCGACCUCGGUGCGUCCUGGCAGCAUGGCACGGAUUGCUGCCAGUGGGAAGGGAUCACCUGCAGUACGGAUGAGAUUGUUACCGAUGUCUUGCUGGCUUCUAGGGGUCUUCAGGGGCACAUCGCUCCUUCCCUUGGUAACCUCCCUGGAUUGCUAUGCCUCAACCUGUCAAACAACAUGCUAUCUGGUGGUCUACCACAAGAACUGGUAUCCUCCAGCAGCAUCGUCAUCCUUGACGUCAGCUUUAACCGCCUCGAAGGAGACCUACAUGAGUUGUCAUCUACGCCUGCCCGGCCAGUGAAGGUGUUGAACAUCUCGAGCAAUUUGUUUACAGGACAGUUCCCACCAACCACAUGGAAGGCCAUGAAAAACAUGGUUGCGCUCAACGCUAGUAACAACAGCUUUACUGGGAUACUACCGACUCAUUUCUGCAACAGCUUUCCAUCCUUGGUUGUGCUUGAGCUCUCUUACAACCGAUUCAGAGGGAGCAUUCCCCCUGAACUAGGUAGCUGCUCCAUGCUCAGAGUGCUCAAGGUUGGCCACAACAACCUCAUCGGGAAUCUCCCAGAUGAACUCUCCAAUGCUACCUCGUUAGAGUUCCUCUCUUUCCCCAGGAGUGGUUUACAAGGGAUACUUCAAGACACGAAUAUUGCCAAACUUACCAAUUUGGUUACCCUUGAUUUAGGAGAGAACAACUUCAGUGGCAAAAUUCCGGAGUCUAUAGGUCAUCUCAAGAGAUUGGAGGGGCUCCAUUUGAACAAUAAUAACAUGUAUGGGCAGCUUCCAUAUGCUUUGGCCAACUGUACAAAUCUCAUAAUCAUCGACCUCAGCUACAACAAUUUCUACGGGCAACUCAACAAGGUCAAUUUUUCCAACCUACCGAAUCUCAUGUCUUUAGAUCUUAUACAGAACAACUUCAAUGGCACAAUUCCGGAAAGUAUCUACACUUGCAUAAAUCUAGUUGCACUACGACUAUCUUACAAUAAUUUCCAAGGCCAGCUAGCCAAAGGGCUCGGCAAUCUGAAGUCCUUAUCGUUCCUAUCACUUUACUAUAAUAAUCUUACAAACAUAACACAUGCACUUCAGAUUCUUGGGAGCUCCAAAAACCUCACCACCCUUCUUAUUGGGCGCAACUUCCAGCAUGAGACCAUGCCAGUGGAUGACAUCAUUGGCUGCUUUGAAAAUCUUAGGUUUCUUGCUAUAGGUAAUUGCCCAAUAUCGGGAAAAAUACCUUUCUGGAUAUCAAAGCUAGCGAAUUUAGAGAUACUAAUAUUGUCUAACAAUCAACUCACCGGAAUAAUACCAGCCUGGAUCAAAGCUCUAAGCCAUGUCUUCUAUCUUGACAUAUCAAACAACAGCCUCACAGGUGAAAUUCCAACAGCAUUGAUGGAUAUGCCAAUGCUAAAGUCAGCAAACCCAAGGGACUUCAUACUGCCUGUUUAUCCAGCUCAAACACACCAAUAUCGCCAAGCUUUCGCUUUCCCUAUAUUGUUGGAUCUAAGCAACAAUAAGUUCACUGGUGAGAUUCCUUUGGAUAUCGGUCAGUUGAAAUCCAUCCAUUCACUUAAUUUUAGCUUUAAUGACUUAACAGGACAGAUCCCGGAAUCAAUAUUCAAUCUCACAGACCUGCAGGUUCUAGACUUGUCCAACAACAAUCUCACGGGUGCAAUCCCAGCUACAUUGAACACCCUGCACUUCCUUGCAGUGUUUAAUGUUUCUAACAAUGAUCUAGAAGGUCCUAUUCCAUCUGGAGGCCAGUUCAACACAUUUGGGGCUUCGAGCUUUGAUGGGAAUGCAAAGCUCUGCGGGUCUAUGAUCAUUCACGAAUGUGGUUUAGCAGAAGCACCUCCAUCCACUGUUCUAUCAACAGAACAAACUGAUUACAAGGUGGCAUGCGUGAUUGCCUUCAGUGCGUUCUUUGGUGUAGGGGUGUUGUAUGAUCAGAUAGUCCUAUCAAGGUAUUUUGGCUAG